GAGCAUAGAAAGAAACAUGUUCUUUGGCGGGUAGCUUUAUAUUCCCAACGUGUGAUUCCACCUUCUCCUCCGAAUUCCAGGUCCAGCACUGCACCCUCACCCACAUCAAGACUCAAGAGGCCCAUUUCAUGAUUCCCCUCUCGAGCCCUCACCAACGGACCAAACUAAGGCAAACACUCACUCCCUUUCCCCCAAGCCCGGAAAUGGCAUCCGUCCCACUUCUGUUAACCCCCAAUCAGCUCAGGGGACAAAAAGCAACCCCCCCCAACCACCAACAGACAUGUGCUGGUACAAGCGCGUCCGCUGGGGCUGCGACUGCAUCCACGGCGUCAUCCUCUGGAACCGCUGCCCGCACCGCGGGACCCCCCAAUGCCAGAAGCGCCACCUCCUCGAGCGGUACCCCGUGCAGCGCGCCUGCAACACGCACCUGACCGACCCCCGUCUCCUCGACGCCAUCACCGGCAACUCCACGCCCGCCACCAAUGACACCACCACCACCGACGCCAACAACAACACCACCAGCCCACCGAGCGGGAGCAGCAGCAGGCGCCGCGGUGAUGGCCGCCGCCGCCGCACCAGCGGCCUGGUUAUUCGGCGCCACCCGGGCCCUAGAUGGGGAAUAAUCUGAGAUGACAGUGACGGGGUGGCAGACACAGUCACACAGCCAACUGGGGGAGUGGAGGAGCGGUGCGGGCACGGGCAGCUAGGGUGAUUGGGGUGAAGAUGAGUGAGGAUGGGAGAGGAGGAUCACGGGGGAGGUCGGCAGGUGGGUUGUGGGGUGUUCGGUUCUGGGAGGGUUGGGAUGGGAUGGGAUGGUGCGACGCCGGGAGUUGGGAGCUGGGUUUGGAGCGGAUGCUGGUUUGGUACGGGAUGGUUGGUAGCAGUGAUGAAUUUGUUUUUUUCCCCUUCCUUAUUUAUGAGACUCGAGUACGUGACAACGUGACAGUGCUCUGAUGAGAUGUU